CUUUCGACGAAAGGCACAACCAGAUCCGUGUGAUCUGGGUUUAUAAGAGCACGGGAUAAGGAGUGCUGGCGUUGCGGUUUCCAGCUGCACUAUUGCCAAAAAUUCCUACGUCCAAACUGGAACAACGAUCCGAAUGCGAGUGUGUAUUGUGUUGUUUUAUUGUGCAUAGUAAAGGACAGCGCAAAACCCGAAACAUGGGAACGGAGUGAAACGAAAGGACUUUUCGAAACUUAUUAUGAAUAUUGUUGUUACGUAUGUGGUGGCCCGCAAUUAAAAAAAAAACAGUCAGAAAAGGCAUUCUGUUUUUUUUUCUUCAUUUUGCUCUUAUGUGCCGGCGCUAGGAGCGUGUGUGUGUUGUAAAAAGUGAAAUAAUUAGCGCGACUUUUUUAUUCACGAACACCCAUAUUGUUAGCAAUACGGCCUAGCCGUAUUUAUGAAAAAGAAAAAACAUCCAUAUUCUUACGAAAUUCGGCAGUGGAUUUCCGGGUUUGUACAUUGCCAAAUUGACCGUGUGCUGGCAUUAUCUGUGUGGUGAGGAAAUACACGAAAAAUACACAAAAAAGACAUCAUCAUCACCACCGGCCGUCACUACACGGCACCAACACCAACGCACGUACACAAACGCACAAAGCCAAAAGCGAUGGCGACCACCGUGCUUACGAGACCCGUGCGGAGCCUUAUAAAUGUCGUACAGUGUGUGCGACUUCUUCGCACACAGGCCACCGUAAUGUUAGCAAAAGAAAACUACGACUACGAUCUGGUGGUAAUUGGUGGCGGUUCCGGUGGUUUGGCAUGUGCCAAGCAAGCCGUCCAGCUGGGCGCCAAGGUGGCCGUACUGGAUUUCGUGAAACCGUCACCACGCGGUACAAAGUGGGGCCUGGGCGGUACCUGCGUCAAUGUGGGCUGCAUUCCGAAGAAGCUGAUGCACCAGGCGUCACUGCUGGGCGAAGCCAUACACGAUUCGCAACCGUACGGCUGGAAGUUACCGGAACCGGAAUCGAUCCGGCACGAUUGGGCCACGCUGACCGAGUCGGUGCAGAACCACAUAAAGUCAGUGAACUGGGUGACGCGGGUGGAUUUGCGAGACCAGAAGGUGGAGUACGUGAACGGGCUCGGUUACUUCAAGGACGAUCACACGGUGGUGGCGGUGAUGAAGAACCAAACCGAGCGGGAACUGCGUGCGAAGCACGUGGUGAUUGCGGUCGGUGGUCGGCCGCGCUAUCCGGACAUUCCCGGUGCGGCUGAGUACUGCAUCACGAGCGAUGACAUCUUCAGCCUGCCGAAUGCGCCCGGUCGAACGCUGUUGGUCGGUGCCGGCUAUAUCGGCCUCGAGUGUGCCGGUUUUCUGAAAGGACUUGGUUACGACGUGACCGUGAUGGUACGUUCGAUACUGUUGCGUGGGUUCGACCAGCAGAUGGCCACCCUGGUCGGGGACUCGAUGGUGGAGAAGGGCAUCCAGUUCCAUCACCGUACCCGGCCAUUGGCAGUGGAGAAGCAGGCCGAUGGGCGGCUGUUGGUGCGGUACGAAACGGAAGGUGACGCUGGCGUCAGCACGGCGGAAGACGUGUACGAUACGGUGCUGUUUGCGAUCGGACGUCAGGCCGAAACCGGCACACUGAAGCUGUCGAAUGCCGGUGUCGUCACGGCUGAGGCGGGCAAAUCGGACAAGCUCGACGUGAACGAGAUCGACCAGACGAAUGUACCGCACAUAUACGCGGUCGGUGACGUGUUGUACCGGAAGCCAGAGCUCACACCGGUCGCUAUACAUGCCGGGCGCAUCAUUGCACGCCGCCUGUUCGGUGGAUCGGAGGAGCGCAUGGACUAUGCUGACGUUGCCACGACCGUGUUUACGCCACUCGAGUACGGUUGCGUCGGGUUGAGCGAGGAGGCUGCUGAAGCCGCCCACGGCAAGGACGGGAUCGAGGUGUACCAUGCGUACUACAAGCCGACCGAGUUCUUCGUGCCGCAGCGCUCCGUACGCUACUGCUACCUGAAGGCGGUCGCAUUGCGCGAAGGUAACCAGCGCGUGCUCGGGCUACAUUUCCUCGGACCGGCAGCCGGUGAGGUAAUUCAAGGAUUUGCCGCCGCCCUCAAGUGUGGUCUGACGAUGCAGAUACUGCGCAACACGGUCGGCAUCCAUCCGACCGUCGCAGAGGAGUUUACACGCCUCGCCAUCACGAAGAGUUCCGGGUUGGAUCCGACCCCGGCCACCUGCUGCAGCUAAAAAGGGGCUCGGUUCGUUGAUACCCCAACCACAAACACACCGUUUCAUUUCGCGUUUAUUAUUUUCUGUUCUAUAAUCGUUCUAAAUUCGCAUUUGGCGGGAGAUGGGCAGAGAAAGAUCCUUUAGAAAUUCCAUCACAACAAAUUAUAAUGUAGAAAGAGCGGAAGAGUUUCUCGGUUCACUGUAAGAAAUGGUUAGGGUCCCAAUCGCUGUGAAGUAUGUUGUUGUAGAUUCGCUCAAUGUAAUUGACCGGAAGUGAUGUAUCUGUGGAUGAUUUGUUUUAGUAGUGGGGACGGAACAGAGAUUGACAAGACAAGAUCAGGUUCCUUAGAAAGGUAGCUUCACUGGGAAAGAGAGAUUUGGAAUGGUAGAUAGCGUAUUCUGCGCACGAAGAACAUAGGGUUUUUGCUUAGAAUUAAAAAUAUUUAACAACACACCAUUUGUAUUACCCUUUUCUCCCGCCAAUGCAUUUCAGUUUUCCGGUCGCGACUUUUCUGAAACGCUAAUUUCAUUAGUAUCAAACAUCAAACAGGAAACUCAAUACAUGUGUAUCAAAAUUGCAAGUUUUGAACUUGAAA